CGCUGCUCUAAGACAGGGGGUGUGUGAGUCCCUAUGUAAAAGCUCUGCCAGUCAUUCCAUGCAGCUGUCCCGUGGCCUAAGCCGGCCAUACCAUCACUAGCACCCCCCUAACGCUGGACUAUUUCCCCUCAAAGUUGGCUCCUGCCCCAGCAGCCGCCUUGGAUCCGUCAGCUUACUGUGAGACUCCGGUGUACAACCCGGAUCUCUGCCCGAACAUGGUGGCGGCCCAGGCCAAGCUGGUGUAUCACCUGAACAAGUAUUACAAUGAGAAGUGCCAGGCGCGCAAGGCCGCCAUCUCCAAGAGCAUCCGCGAGGUGUGCAAGGUGGUGUCGGACGUGCUGAAGGAGGUGGAGGUGCAGGAGCCGCGCUUCAUCAGUUCCCUCAAUGAGAUGGACAAUCGCUACGAGGGGCUCGAGGUGAUCUCCCCCACUGAGUUCGAGGUGGUGCUUUACCUCAACCAGAUGGGAGUCUUCAACUUCGUGGACGACGGUUCCCUGCCGGGCUGUGCGGUGCUGAAGCUGAGCGACGGCCGGAAGCGGAGUAUGUCCCUGUGGGUGGAAUUCAUCACCGCCUCCGGUUACCUGUCCGCCCGCAAGAUCCGCUCCCGUUUCCAGACUCUGGUGGCGCAGGCGGUGGACAAGUGCAGCUACCGGGACGUGGUGAAGAUGGUGGCGGACACGAGCGAGGUGAAGCUGCGCAUCAGGGAGCGCUAUGUGGUACAGAUCACCCCCGCCUUCAAGUGCACCGGCAUCUGGCCCCGCAGCGCUGCCCACUGGCCCCUGCCCCACAUCCCCUGGCCCGGGCCUAAUAGAGUGGCGGAAGUCAAGGCCGAGGGCUUCAAUCUGCUCUCCAAGGAAUGUCACACGCUGGCGGGGAAGCAGAGCUCGGCCGAGAGUGACGCCUGGGUGCUGCAGUUCGCAGAGGCCGAGAAUCGCCUGCAACUGGGCGGCUGUAGGAAGAAAUGUCUGUCCUUGCUCAAAACCCUGCGCGACCGACACCUGGAGCUGCCCGGCCAGCCGCUCAAUAACUAUCACAUGAAGACCCUGGUCUCGUAUGAGUGCGAGAAGCAUCCCAGGGAGUCGGACUGGGACGAGUCGUGUCUGGGGGACCGGCUGAAUGGCAUCCUCCUGCAGCUCAUCUCCUGCCUCCAGUGCCGCCGCUGCCCGCACUACUUCCUGCCCAACCUCGACCUCUUCCAGGGGAAACCCCACUCCGCCCUGGAGAACGCGGCCAAGCAGACCUGGAGGCUGGCACGGGAGAUCCUCACCAACCCCAAGAGCCUGGAAAAACUUUGAGCCUCAUGGGACACCGUCAUCCAUCUGAGCUGCAGCCUCGGAUACAAACUGGCAUAGAGACUGGCACGGCGCAUGGAUCUAUACACACUCCAUCUACAGAUCCCAGCAUUCUCACACUGCCAAACCGCCUAGAUCGGAUGUAGGAACAUAUACCUGUGUCUAGGGAGGCUACUGUGAGUUCUAGUUGUACAGCAGCCGGUGGGAGACUUCUUAAAAGCAUCUUGAACCCCUGAAAGUACAAUCCAGGGACUCUUUACUCUCUGAUGAUGGAUACAACUCUCCGCCUCUGUACUGCGGCUUAAACACAUCCACCACCAACACAAAUCCGACUUCUUUUUAUAAAUUAUUUUAAGCAAUUUUAAAAGUGUCGUUUUUUUUGGCUGGGAGGGGGGGGGAGAGAAAAACUCCAUUUAUUGUGCACUCAGCCUGUUAGAAUAAAAAAAAUAUAUCAAUAAAAAACAUUUCAAGAAAUCGACAACUUCACAUUGGGAUUUGACAUCAGUUUUUUUUUUUCUGGUUAAAACCCAAAUUUCGAUCUGCCAACUGAACAAGAAUUUUUUUUUUCUAUGUACAUUUUUUUUAAAAAAUAUUUCUGAUUCUCAGUGUCUUGAAAUUGUGGAUGUGGCUGUUCUGUGAUUGGUAUAAAGGGUUGCUAUUUCCAUGUUGGAUAUCACAGGACAUAUUCUGCUAUGGAGAUGCCAUUUCAAAGGUAGUUUUGGGGGUUUUUUUGUCUGAACUUUGAAGUUUACAUUUUUUUUUUUUCGUUUCAAAAUGCUCGUUCUAUUCCCAACAUUCCAUAAAUAUACUUGAAAUGUUAUUUAAAUAUAUUCAAAGGAGAAACAUUUGAAUUUUGCUUAUACGAUGGCGCUUGGAUAGUCGAAUUAUAUAUUUGGAAAAUGCACUUGAAGUACACUGGAUAAAGACUUUUGUGAUUUGAGAUUUUAAAUCGUUGACCAUUUAAUUUAAUGACGAUCUAAAUAAAUGACAUCAAAAUAAAA